AUGAAUCAAUCUCCCCUAUUUGAGCAUGACAAGACGUCUGCAGAUACCACUGGCCGUCAUUCCGGCUUUUCUCUGUUAAGUCCAUCACCAGCACAUCCACAGCAACAACCAACGGAGUUGAAGGAAAGCACCGGCUCUCAGCUCGUGCUCCCGUCGUUGGAGGACCCAAAGCACCGAUUAUCCUCGCGACAAUGUCGGCUACUGGCAUCUGCGAACGCUACUGAUUUGGCAUCCGCCGAGGCUGAACGGAAACGCCGUACGCAACUGACACAAAAGGUAGCUGCAAAUCUCAUGAAAUCGGCGCUUAAUCAACAGCCGGAUCUCUUUCCAGCUUUUGUUGGAGACAGAGAAGAUCAAGGACCCGCAAUGCUUCGUGGGUCGGAUGUAGUUUCCAAACCGACCAAGAAGUUACUAAUGGUUCCCUGUCUAGGUCUCGCUGCCGGUGUAAACGCGAUGGGUGGGUGCUCCGUGAAGUAUGCGACAUCCUCUACCGAAUCAAAGCGGAUCAUAGAGAGAGAGCGCGCCGCAAAUGAGACCCUCUUCUCCAUGUGGGAGUCCCGUAACGCGAUUCGAGAAGAGUUCGCAGAAAUUGCCACUAUGGAGGAAAACCUUCGCACUCCACUGUGGAACAACUUCCGGCGAGCGCUCACGGAGGAAGAAGCGAUUAUGAUGCGAGAAGUCGAGCGUAUGCAAAGUGACGUGGCAGAGGAAAGGAAGAAGUAUGAAACGUCCCAUGCAACACAGGCUCCGCUGUCCGUCGGUGGCGUCAGGUGCCCCAAGUACGCGCCAUGGGGUUACACAGUAUCUGGACGGGGUGUUGCAUUUCCUCUGCGCCUUUACGAAAGACUGUUCAACCGCGUUAUAACUGGUAUGCAUAGGCAUUUGUUGAUAUUGCUGAAGGGGAAAGUCAGCGAGGAUGUUUACGGUAUUUCAAUGUCACUUUCGUCGUCACCGAGUACCUCCAGAAGCCUGGGAGCGAUGCUGAGGUCACAGAUCAAACUGUCUGCAGCGUGUGCCUCCCCGAGAAGGGUGCAACGCGAUGAAGAAGUCGAGGACGCUUCCGAAUCGCACCCGCCUGCCGCAUCUAUUCCCAAUGACCUCUGUUUCGGACCGGUACUUACCGCAGAAACUUCGCUUAGUGUGGCGCUUCUAUGGCGUAUUCUUGACCAGGCAAAAAGCUUGUCGCCGGGUAUUUCAUGGGCUCUGCAGCUUUAUACCAAGUACAUUUUACCCCAUGUUUACGAGAAUUUCGCUCUCCGCGAGGAGCACCUCCCUUGGUCGGGUGCCCUGGGCGAGCAGGUUGAUCAGUUGAGCGCACUUCCUCUCAAUCUAUUAAGAUACCGAAACAUGGAGACUUCUGCCACACAAGCAAAGGGAGAUGUGCGAUACAUGGAGGAAGCCAUGAAGAGAUGGGCAUGGCGUACGUGGCGGCAGAGCAUGCUGGAGAAGCGACGCCGUGAGCUGGGAGCGGCUGUACUGGACAAAAUAUUUAAACGUCUUCACAAUGCUAAACAACUGCAAAAGUGUUUCAGUCAGUGGCGUAUUGUUACCAAGGAGGGGUGCUUUACAACAGGACUUGAGGAUGUAAAUCAAAAAUAUAACACGUUUGUUGUCGAGGCCAAGCAUGCGGCUCGCGACAUGCAACUGUUUCCAUGCCUGGAGGAAAAGGCUGUGGGUCCUUCGCCAGCAGUUGUCGACCAGAGUAAAUUCGUCGCUCUGAAGCUUGCUGAAACGGCAACCCAUACAAGGCCUAAGGCCAAGGCCGAUUCGGGGGGUAAAUCGGAAGGCGUGGAGAGUGAAGCAGAAAAGGGUGAAGGGGACAAGGCGGUUGAUGGUGAACAAGCCGGAUGGAAACAGUCCUUAGAGAAUAUGCAGACGCCAACACGUGUGUGGGAACAAACAGCGACACCUUCCGGUUUUCUGUCGAUCUCAAUAAAUAACUCAGCGACACCCAUGAAGUGGCUAGAAGGCAGCUGCAGUGCCGGAACUGCCGCACGCAAUCAAGUUUCGGCCAUUUUUGAUACGAUGCUGAGGAAACUAUACGACAUGGAGAAAAUCAGCGGGCACCUGCGUGAAGGGAUAGCAGUUCAGAACCGUAUUAUUCAGAAGCUGGAGCGUGAGAAUGAAUCCUUAAAAGAAAAGGUUUACAGCUUGGAGGAAAGUCUCCGGGAAUCGGAAGAAAUGCGACUACACUACUGCAACAUCGUGCAGGAAAGAGAACUCGAUAUACGGGAACUAGAGCGGCGCAAUACGCAACUGAAAUCCCGAUUGCGAUGCCAGGAGCAGCGGCCGUGGCAACGCACUGUUUUGCGUGUAAUUGGAGACAUUUGCGGUGCAUCGACAGCGUUAUCGGAGUUGGUCGAUGACUCCCGAGGCUCACGUCAGAAGCAGGCUUCAAGAAAAGUCUGUACCAGUCCUGUCCCUGCUCUCCCAAGUAGUGGUAACUCUGUUGUAACGAACGCCUCCAGCAAAACAACUUCCUGUGGAGACAGGGUAGGGAGUGCGGGGCAAAGACAAAGAGGACAAUCACCAACCGGUGAGGUUGAGGAAGACGACUACCGUAAGGGCAUGUCCCGUUUGUCAUCGGGACCCCCAGGCGCAGAGGCGGAACGCUUAUAUGGGAAAUUGGCCCCCAUUGUCCUCUCCUCCACACGUUUUAUGCCAGAUUCUCAGACAAUAUUACGAGAUUGGGCAAAUAACUGCCUUGACGACCUGGAGUCGCUGGACGACUUAAAGGGUGGAGCCCUUUCCACACGCUUUUACAGCUUCUCUCAAGAGGCACGCAGCGGUGUUUUACUUAGUCGUUUACUGUUUUAUCUUGCCCUUCCUCGCUACCAAAACAAAACAGCAACCGAUGCAAACAACUUGGGUCAGCAUGGAGGGAAUGAGGGUCGUAAUUUCCCGGAGCAAAGGCGGCGACUGCUGAUGCACGAACGUGUUCAACUGGAGACACCCUUUCCCACAUACUCUGACUGCUUCGGUGAUCUACUGAGCAUGAAGUCAGUGAAUCGAAUGUCAGCAUUGCUUCACUUUGCAAGGGAGCUACUGGCAUCCGGCGGACAACCAGGAGAUGCAAUGGUGCAGAAGCGCAUGGACCACAUUUAUGACCUAACACUGAAGGCUGUUGGCAUGACGCCCCCGCCCCCCGUUGACCGUGUGGAUUUGCAUGAGAUAAUCGACCCGCACGCGCUGGCACGUGGUGAUACAAGUGCAACAAUAACCUUAGUCGCGCUGUUGUACGUACGAUUUUCGCACCCCUUCAACCAUAAGGCGAAGCAAAGUGCAAUGAUUGAACGAGACGCAAUGAUGUACCUUCUUAGCAAAGGCACGUACACGCAAUCAACCGAUAGUACUAAAAGUGAUUCACCAGUACCACUUUCUGAUUCGCAGGCUGAUGAUCAACUUCCACUAGAAGAUGAGGGGAAACACCUCGCACGAAAAUUUCUGGCCCAGUUGGAAGAAGACGAGCGAAGCCCUUGGCAACUUUUCUUGAAGCACUGCCAACCGCUGAUUAACACUAUGGCGCAUCCCUAUAUAUUGCGCGGUAACUUCUGGCCUAGCACGGCGUUCGACUCACCCGAUCUUGCUUACAUGCUUGGGACCCUCGGUCUUGCUUUGCAGCGGUCCUUGCAGGAGCAUCGCUGGCACAUUAUUCUUUCAUGCCUUGUUCCCGUACGCACCUACAGUGGAAUGAGUCGUGGAAUAUACACCGGGGGGCGGAGUUCAGUUGCCGCGCUGCAGGCUGGCCUUUACCGUGUUGGUGACUGGGUCUUUCCCGAUGAAUUACCGUGCAUUCGGGCCAUGUUCCGUGAUAGAGAAGCCGCCAUACGCGCAGCAGUUGGUACUGGGGUUUUGAAGUGCGUCGGUGAGUGGACCGAAGAUGAGUGGAACACGGAAGGAUUCUUCACCACUAAAAACAAGGGAAGCCUUCUGAAGUCGUUUGAAACAUGUGGUUCGGAUCUCAUGCAACUAUUUCUGCAGCGUGCUAAGCUUUCACACACCUGCGCUAUGCCGGCGAUCGAUCUUGGUAGUUGGCGUUUGCUACUGAUGGAUGUGGGUCUCGUUUCGCCUGACGACCCAGAGACGUCGCUGUUAGAUCUGGAGCAGGUGACAAAUAUCUUUUGUAUGGUUAUGUCUUCGCUUGUCGACGUGGAUACGAGACUCGAAGAGCCUAACCCGGCUGACGCAGGGUAUUCAACUAUGCCUUUAUCGUAUUUCUCCGAUGAGAUGUUCUUUCCCGAGUUCGUUGCAGCGUUAGUUCUCCUCAUCCACGAGAUGUAUCCUUCCGUGUACCGAGGCGGUGGUGGGGAGGGAGAGAACGAGUCAGAACCAACCAUUACGUGGCUUGGCGACGCUCUCAGGGAUUUUCACUUUAGACAGGUGGUCCCACACCAAGUAGGUGAGACAAUGAUUCGUCCUUCAUCUAUCAUGAAGGCUAUCCGGGCCAACGCCAGAGCACAUGAAGUUUUGGUGCGACAUAACAAGGUCUUGCAGGUAUUGCACACAACGUACUCCAGAGAUAUUUGUGGCCUCGUAGGAAUAGAGAAGGACCAGGUCGUUCAAAUGCUCCGUGAUGCGGCGUUAACAAGUUCUGAGAUCUCCCAGAGCGUCAUCACAGACCUGUUCAAGGCCUGCUGCGUGUCCAAGAAGGUUGAUGAGGCGCUACUGGAGGAGAGGCGCCGAGAGAACGAUUCGAGACCGCGGGAUGUGCCCGUUGUGCGGCGCCGUGGCAAUGUCAGCAUCCUUGACCCGACACUCGAGGGAGCAUCGGCGACUAAAGUGAAGGAAUUCUUCCUUCUUUUGUAUGAUGGGUUCCUCGAAUUCUUGUGCGUGUUGUGUCACUUCAAUCAGCCUAAUCCGCUUAUUCCGUUUGAACAGAGGUUGGAAAAAUUCCUGAUGAAGGGUGUUUUCCGCCCACUGGCUCACAGGAGUGAGGGUCUGGCGAUGGUUAUGUCGCAGCACCUACCCCAAUCGAAGCAUGACGGAUCCGACACAUAA